AUGUGUAGCACGCAGCGCGCGCGGGUGUCGAGGAUGCACCUGACGGGCGCCAGCAGCGGCGCGGUGUCGCCUGACACCAGCUCCACGCUGCUGCACGAGACCUACACGAAGAUGACAUCCGAUAUCCUCGCGGAACGAACACUUGGCGACUUCUUAUCUGAACAUCCAGGGGAGUUGGUGCGAACGGGCAGCCCUCACUUCGUGUGUACUGUGUUACCUCCUCAUUGGCGAUCAAACAAAACUCUGCCCGUGGCGUUCAAAGUGGUUGCUCUAGGUGACGUGGGGGACGGAACGCUGGUGACGGUCAGAGCUGGUAACGACGAGAACUGCUGCGCUGAACUGAGGAACAGUUCGGCAGUGAUGAAGAACCAGGUCGCCAAGUUCAACGAUUUGAGAUUCGUCGGCCGCAGCGGUCGCGGUAAAUCGUUCACACUUACGAUAACUGUAUCGACGACGCCGCCUCAAGUGACGACUUACAACAAAGCGAUCAAAGUGACGGUGGACGGUCCAAGGGAACCUCGAUCUAAAACCAUGCUCUCACUCCUAGGACAGCAGCAGCAGUUCCACUUCGCAUUCGGACAGAGGCCGUUCCCGUUUCCCCCCGACCCUCUGGGAGGGUUCCGAAUGCCACCCAUCACUACAUGCCAGAAUAUGAGUCAAUUCGGUCUAAGUUCGAGUAACUCGCACUGGGGAUACGGCGGUGCAGGCGCAUACCCAGCGUACCUCCCGUCCUGUGCAGCGCCAGCAGCAUCACAGUUCAACCCCCCAGCGCUGGGCUUCGCUGGUACUGUUCCUGAUCAGACGCCUACGCAAGAUUUUACUGCUAAUAAUACAGUUCUACCAGACACGACAGGCGUCGACCUAGACCAGCAACUAUCGGGCCUCGUCGGCUCCUCCCCGUCACACCACGGCAGCCUCCUACCUCGCUACAACAACAACACCGACUACAGUCUCUCGACGGGCCCUCGGUCACUUAGCGACAACAGUUCACAGCCCGAGUCACCCGUACAGGACGAUUUACUCACUUCAAACACAUCGACAAACAUCGGCCACAAUCACACAAACAGCUCAAACUUCCCCUCGUUAAUGGGAUCACAGAACACUUCGUAUGGCGGCAGCAACUGUAACAACUCGUUAUACCCCGUCCUCCCAGCCAGCUUAUUGUACAGCCAGUUGUAUACCGCCGCCAACCAGACGCACAACUUCCACCCGUUGCACUCCAACUCGAUACACUCGACGCAAAAUCACCAUAACGAGCUUCAAACUAUGAUGGACCAGAUAUCAUCCACCACGAACAAUCACAGACAACACGGCAAUCAUGGACAAGACCUGCUCCUGGGUGGAGGGAACUCCUGUGCGGCGGCGGCGGCUAGGGGUGAGGACGGACGGGUGAAUAAUCUCGGACAAAGAGGUAAUCCGCAGCCAGACAGUAACACGGUGUGGCGACCCUACUAA